AUGCUGAAUGAGUUAAGUGUGGCUUCGGUUUUACCUGCCUCCAAUAGAUCCAUGAGCUCUGACAGGAAUGCAUAUGUUGGAAAAAGGGUUGUUCAUGUUAAAAAUCCUCACUUGGAUUCUGUGGAUGAAGAUCUCUAUCACUUGGAUUUGGGAACGAAAACACACAACUUACCAGCAAUGUGUGGAGUCAUAAAGGUACUUGUUUAUUUUUAUUAACGGUUUGUCUGCCUCGGUGGGAGCCCCAACAGAAUGAAAGCAUUUGCACUGUUUAUGCAUGAGGAGCUUGGGUUGUGUAUGUACAAACCGGGCCCGACUGUCUCCCAACAGCACGGCGUGGGCAGCCCCCCCAUUCCUGUGAUGCUUCACGAACUCAUCACAUUACCGCGCGCGCCGUGCUGUGACGCCACCAUUAUCAGAAUCAGUACCUGGCGGGGUAUAGGGAUCGCACCUGGGUCUGUUGUAAUAAUGGAUACAGCAGAUUCCUUUCUCAAGCUCUGGUUUGAACAGGUGAUCUUGGACGACCUGUCACCCGUAGUGCUGAACUUGACGAGGACCUGACUGAAGAACUUAUUCAACUGUAGCAAAGAAAUCCCCAACUUCCCAACCCUUAUUGGACAUACAAUGUAUGCCUAUUAUUUUUAUGAAGGCCAAGGUAGAUUAGAGGGAGCACUGUACUACUUUUCCAGGGAAAAGAAGUUAGAUUACUUGAAGAGAGCACAUAAAGCUAGCAUCAGGGAUAUUGAAAGGGAAUCUACAGUGUUUGCAGCCAUGUGUGGACUUUGUGUUCUAAAAGAUGCUGUGGUCUGUGUGACACUUUUUGACACACUUGACUAUGGCCAGAUGAACUUGCCCCAUGAUGUUCUGGUAUGGUACCAGCAACAGCCUCAGCUCCUAAUCUCCGAUUUCAUCAAACAACAGCUUGGACUUCAUGACCAGAGGUCAUAA